AUGACUGCCCAUGGGAAGCCCGAUUCGUCGCCAUACAAUCUCGACGGAAGCUCGCUGAAGCUCAAGAAUGGACAACUCGACGGAAUGGUCCUCAAGACAUUGGCGAACAAGGAAGUCGUGAAGCUACCUUUGAUUGCCUCUCUGCUCGACAACGGCAAGGCUCGAAUCACGAUCGACGAGGAACGACGCCAGAAGGGCGACAUCGAACUCCGACACAACAGCAUAGCGCGGAAAGAGAGAUACAAUGAGGCGGCGGCUUGGGCUUUGACUGGAGCAGGACUCCAGCCUCAGAAAGACGCCAAGCUGUCCAACUCCAACGGCAGGAGCGAGAUCACAUGGGGCCCCAAGUCCGAGUACAGACUGGUCCUCAGCCAUUCUCCCUUUGUAGUCGAGUUCUACACGGGCGAGGACAAACAAGUCGUGUUAAACAGUCGAGGCUUUAUGAACGUUGAACAUUGGCGACCGAAGAUCGACAAACCCAGUGGUGAUGAGAACGAGACCGAGCCCAGGGAUGUUCAGCCGCAGGAAGAUGAGAGCACUUGGUGGGAAGAGACGUUCAACGGAAACACCGACUCGAAACCCAGAGGGCCCGAGAGCGUUGCCAUGGACAUUUCCUUUCCCGGGUAUGGCCAUGUAUAUGGCCUCGCUGAGCACACUGGGUCACUCUCAUUGAAGGAGACACGGGGCGGUGAUGGCAACCAUGACCAACCUUAUCGGUUGUACAACAGCGAUGUAUUCGAAUACGAGCUCGACAGUCCGAUGACUCUUUACGGUUCCGUCCCAUUCAUGCAAGCACACCGAAAAGAUUCUACCGUCGGUGUCUUCUGGCUGAAUGGAGCUGAGACGUGGGUCGAUAUUACCAAGGACAAGCACAGCACUUUGGGUUUUGGCAGCGGCGUGGUGGAUACCAAUACCCACUGGAUGUCGGAGAGCGGCCAACUGGACCUCUUUGUCAUGCUUGAUGCUACCCCCAAGUCACUGUCGAAGACCUUUGGCGAGCUGACUGGCUACACCGCCCUCCCUCCAACUUUUGGCAUCGCGUAUCAUCAAUGUCGGUGGAACUAUGUCAGUGAUGAGGAUGUGAAAGAUGUCGACCGCAAGUUCGACAAGUCCAACAUCCCCUACGAUGUAAUCUGGCUUGAUCUGGAAUACACCGAUGACAAAAAGUACUUCACAUGGGACGACAUGACAUUCCCGGAUCCAAUCGGAAUGGAGCAGCAACUUGAGGCAAGCGAGCGCAAGUUAGUCAUCAUCAUCGACCCCCACAUCAAGAACAAGGCCGGGUACCAGGUAGUAGAAGAAUUGAAAAGCAAGGACCUUGGCAUCAAAAACAAAGAUGGGAACAUCUUCGAUGGCUGGUGCUGGCCUGGCAGUUCUCACUGGAUCGAUGCCUUCAAUCCUGCUGCGAGAACGUGGUGGAAAAGUCUCUUUCCAUAUGAUAAGUUUAAAGGCACAUUGAAGAAUGUCUGGAUUUGGAACGACAUGAACGAGCCUUCUGUUUUCAACGGACCCGAGAUUACGAUGCCCAAGGACAACAUCCACCAUGGAAAUUGGGAACACCGUGAUGUACACAACAUCAACGGCAUGACUUUCCACAACGCCACAUACCAUGCACUCAUCGAGCGCAAGAAGGGAGAAAUUCUCCGGCCGUUCAUCCUGACUCGUUCUUUCUACGCUGGCUCACAACGAUCGGCCGCCAUGUGGACCGGCGAUAACCAGGCCAGCUGGGGUCAUUUGGCGGCCUCAAUCCCCAUGAUCUUGAACCAGGGCGUUGCGGGCUUCCCUUUCGCUGGCGCCGACAUUGGCGGAUUCUUCGGCAAUCCAAGCAAGGAUUUGCAGACUCGCUGGUACCAGGCUGGCGCCUUCUACCCUUUCAUGCGCGCCCAUGCUCAUAUCGAUACUCGGAGACGCGAACCAUAUCUGCUCGGAGAGCCCUACACUGGCAUCAUGGCACAAGCAAUGAGGCUGCGGUACGCCCUUCUUCCCGCCUGGUAUACGGCAUUCCAUGAAGCCUCGACCGAUGGGUACCCGAUUGUGCGGUCACAAUAUUACGUUCACCCGGAGGAUGAGAAAGGCUUUGCCAUCGAUGACCAGCUCUAUGUUGGUUCCACUGGCUUGCUCGCCAAGCCGGUCGUGACCGAAGGUGCUGAAAGUGUUGAAGUAUACCUUGCCGACGACGAAAAUUAUUUCGACUACUUCGACUACACGGUCUAUAACGGAGCCGGCAAGUCGCAUCAUGUCGCGGCGCCGCUCGAAAAGAUCCCUUUGCUAAUGCAAGGCGGCCACAUCAUUCCGCGCAAAGACCGGCCCAGGAAGAGCUCCGGUCUGAUGAAGUGGGACCCGUACACGCUCGUUUUGGUGCUGGACAAGCAGGGAGAAGCCGAAGGCACGCUGUACGUUGACGAUGGAGAGACGUUCGAGUACCAACAAGGGGCGUACAUCCACCGUCGCUUCAAGCUCACGGACGGGAAGCUCAGCAGUGAGGAUAUCGGCACCAAAGGCGCCAAGACGGCCGCGUACCUGAAGACGAUGAGGGACGUGAGGGUGGAGAAGAUCAUAGUGGUGAAUGCACCAUCCUCGUGGGAAAGCAAAGCGGAAGUGCCUGUCUCCGGCGGCGCGGCGGCGGAGCUCAUCUACCACGCCGCGGAAGGCAAGAAGGCGGCGUGGGCUGUGGUCCGAAACCCUGGAGUCGGCGUUGGAACCGACUGGGUCGUGGACUUUGGUGCCGCAGCCGAGAGAAAUGUGCGGACGGAGCUCUAG